CCAACAUAGACGUCAUCAACAUGCGAUCUAAGUACAAGUCAGGAAUCAGGAACAACGCAGCAAAUGUGCUUGCUCGUUGCUAAAUAGUUUUGGGCUACAUUACAAUGCUAAAUAGUUUUGGGCUACAUACAUUGAUAACAUGUCCGUUUGUUGGCUUGUCAGUCAGGAGGACACGCACAAACCAAUUAUGUUGCCCCAUCUUCAGCCAGUUGUCCUGGGUCGAGGGCCAGAGACCACCAUUAAAGACAAGAAGUGCUCCAGGGAGCAAGUCGAAUUGAAAGCCGACUGCAACAAAUGCCUGGUCAGUGUUAAGCAGCUGGGCGUCAACCCCACCUGCAUAGGCUCCCAGGUGUUGGGUCGCGGGAAGGAGGGGGAAAUGAAGGCCGGAGAGUUGCUUUACAUUGUCAAUGAGCUGCACCCCUACACCGUACAGUUCAAGGAAGACAGCGGGGGGCUUUUCGGAAGCCGCAAAAGACCACGAGAGAUGUCUCCAGCGGAGAAAGAAACCCACAAAGAGGCUGCGAGUGUGAAGGCGGCCAAACAGACAGAAGAAUUAUCCAGUGUGAGAAGUGAAAGUGUUGGCCAUUGGAGCCAAGGCUUGAAAGCUUCAAUGCAGGACCCCAACAUGCAGGUGUACAAGGACGAUCAAGUGGUGGUCAUCAAAGACAAAUACCCCAAGGCGCGUUACCAUUGGCUGGUCCUGCCGUGGGUGUCCAUUGUCAGCCUGAAGGCCCUGCGCAAGGAGCACUGCGGCCUGCUGCGCCACAUGCACAGCGUGGCUGAGCAGAUGGUGCGACAGUGCCCACAGGCCAGGUCCUUGGACUUCCGCAGUGGCUACCACGCCAUUCCCAGUAUGAACCAUGUGCACCUCCACGUGAUCAGCCAAGACUUUGACUCUCCUUGCCUGAAGAACAAAAAGCACUGGAACUCCUUCACCACGGAAUAUUUCAUCAAUUCCCAGGACGUGAUCGGCAUGCUUGAAAGCGAUGGAAGGGUGACGGUCAGAGAAGGCACCAGUGACUUGUUGAAAGCACCCCUCAGGUGCCACCUGUGUCGCCACCAGCUUGCCACUAUCCCUGCUUUGAAACAGCAUCUGAAGUCUCACUUUCCAAGCUGAGAGUGACGCCCUCAAACGCAACACAGUCGUCAUAGGUUAGGGGUGUCACAACUUUUUCAAUGUAGGUUCAACAUCUUUCAAGCAGCGGAAUGUACAGUGGGACCUCCAUUUACCAACCUAAUUGGUUCUUGAACAGGGUUCGUAAAUCGAAAAGUUCGUAUAGUGGAGCAGUUUUCUUCAUAGGAAACAGCCUUGACGAAAGUCCAUGUUUUAGUGAAGGUUUGUAGACUUUGAACACAACUAUCUUUUUAUGAACAAGCCAAAACAACGACAAGCUGAACUUCUGUAUGCGCUGCUCUGCCAACACACACACACACACACACACACACACACACACACACACACACACACACACACACACACACACACAAAAGUCCCUUUGGUGCCCUCACAAAGAAUUACAAAUCACAAAAAUCUUUCACUUUAAGAAGCCAAAACAAAAACAUAGACAAUCUGCUGUCUUAUGUAUGCGCUGCUCUGCCAACAUGCGCACACACGCAGAAGUCCCUUUGGUGCCCUCACAAACAAUUAGAAAUCACAAUAAUCUUUCACUUUAACAAGCCUAAAGAACGACAAUCUGCUGUCUUAUGUAUGCGCUGCUCUGCCAACACACGCACACACGCGCUGAAGUCCCUUUGGUGCCCUCACAAACAAUUAGAAAUCACAAAAAUCUUUCACUUUAACAACCAUAUUGUGACGAUAAUAAACAUUUAAAAUGUAAAAUUCACUUACUAUAACAUCAGCAAAGUAGGAACUGACAAGAAAAGAGCAGACAGACAGAGGGAGAGAACAAAGGACCGGGUGGAGGGGUUGUGUGUGCGCUUGAAAGAGGCGCAGCUGAAUGAGAAGUAGCUCGUCUCCUCCGCUGUGAAAUAAGUCUGCUUUGGCAUAUUUUUCCAGAAAAGUCUGGUGUCAUCACAAUUAAUACUUGUUGUGGUACAAAGCCUGCUUUGUUGAUUCUUCCAUACUUGUGAGCGCCAUUAUUGUACUACUUGCAAAUAGUUGUCUUUAAACUCCACAGCAAUUCCCUCCUUUGUUCCCUCGCCUGUUGUCUUUUUGGGACUCAUAUUGACUUAGCAAAAUGGCCAAAACUUGUCAUAAAGCAAAAAACACGCACGCUAAAGCGCUGAGAAGUGACUAGUAGUGUACUGCGCAGCAAGUAACCUGGAAGGCUCCGCCUCCUAAAAAUUCGGCACCCUGCUUUUUGCCUGCAGGCGGGACACAAAAUGAAGUGUUCGCACACAUUGGGCUCCAUCGAAAAGUUUGGAAAAUCGAAAAGUUUGCAAAUAAAGGGGUUUGUAAAUGGAGGUUCCAGUGUACUUGAAUAAAAAAACAGUUUUCUGUGAUGAAGGAAAAUGUCCAAUCCAAAAAAAUAGUUGCAGAACAUGCAGUCGGACAAUAAAUAAGCUGCAUCUUGGGGCCACAUCUUGGACACCCAUGUCAUACCUUCAUUAGGAAACACUCUACGUUGAUUGGACCUUUUACACAAAUUUAAUCAAUUUGUUUGUUUAGAUUAAAGAAGUAAAAAAGGAUAGUGUCCAUUAAAGCUGUCCUCAAAGAGUCAAAGACUGGACAAUUCAGUUUGGAGGUAUCUUCUUGCCAAAGUUUAUGACCCUUUCCCGGGCUCAAAUGUAAAAACUGUUACGAUGUUUACUUCCUCUAUUUCAUGGGUGUCAAACUCUGGCCCGCGGGCCAAAUUUGGCCCGCCGUGUAAUUUCAUCUGGCCCUUGAGGCAGUGUCAAAUUAACAUUAGAGCUGGCCCGCCGGUAUUAUACAGCGGCGGUGCCGCUGUAACACCGCAUUCAUCGCUAAUACUCAUACUUCCCAACCCUCCCAAUUUUCCCGAUAGACUCCCGUUUUUUCAGUGUCCCUCUUGAAAAUCUUCCGGGCAACCAUUCUCCCAAAUUUCUCCCGAUUUCCACCCAGACAACAAUAUUGGGGGCGUGCCUUAAAAGCACUGCCUUUAGCGUCCUCUACAACCUGUCAUCACAUCCGCUUUUCCUCCUUACAAACAGCGUGCCGGCCGAGUCACGUAAUAUAUGCGGCUUUUCACACACACAAGUAAAUGCAACGCAUACUUGGUCAACAGCCAUACAGGUCACACUGAGGGUGGCCGUAUAAACAACUUUAACAUGGUUACAAAUAUGCGCCACACUGUGAACCCACACCAAACAAGAAUGACAAACACAUUUUGGAAGAACAUCCGCACCCUAACACAACAUAAACACAACAGAACAAAUACCCAGAACACCUUGCAGCACUAACUCUUACGGGACACUAAAAAAAUACACCACCCGCUACCAACAAAACAAUUUUAUUUUCAAAUGUAUUAGCCUGUGGAAAAAGUUAAUGUUGAUAUUUACCUCAGAAGGCUGCAAAUAGAAAAGAGGCAUUCAUUUUUUUAUUUAAAUUUUCUUUAAUAUGUCAUUGAUAUUUUUUCGUUUGUUUUUUGAAAGUUUAUUUUGCACUAUUAAGUUAUAUACGCGUUGCUUGUUCCAUAUUCAGUGUUAAAGCAAAUCAGUGCAGCAAACUGAGCAAGAAUUAACGUUUUAUUUAUGCAAUAUCUUUUGCUACUUCAAGGCUUGAAUGUUUGAUUCAUUCAUUAUUAUUUUAUUUUCAAAUUUAUUAUUAGCCUGUUGAAAAAGUUUAUUUUGAUCUUUACGUCAGAGGGCUGCAAAUAGAAAAGAGGCAUUCAAUUUUUACUAUAAUUUUAUUUGAUAUGCCAUUGAUAUUUUUCAAUUAUUAUUGUUAUUAUUUGAAACUCGAUUUUGCAUGUCACUAUACAGUUAUAUAAGCUUUGCUUGUUCAAUGUUUAAUGCAAAACUUGUUUGGGUCACUAUUAAAAGGUUAAUUCGUUCAACCUUGGCCCGCAGCUUCGAUCAGUUUUAAAUUUUGGCCCACUCUGUAUUUGAGUUUGACACCCCUGCUCUAUUUAGUCAAGUUUGAUUUCCUCUUGGUGAUGUGGCAGAACCGAGGACUUUACAAACGGUGUUUUAGCCUUUUUUUUGAGGUAAAAAAGUUGAAAAUCAGAUCUUUGUUUUGCUCACUUUAACAAAGACUGUAAUCCUUGAAUUAACUGUGGAAUAUUCAAAUGAGAAGUUCAAAUACAAUUCUGCGUAGGGUCCCAAUUUAGCCCGAAGACCUCACUUAUGUUGAUAUCUGAACCCAGGAAGUGUUGCUGGAACUUUAGUGCUGCCAGCAGCUCUCCCGUCCAAAGGCAAAACCCAGUAACUCAAUUUUGGUCAAGGCUGAGCUGAUAAUAAUUUUGGAGUUCCUAGGUGAUAUGCUUUACAUUAGUGUAUGCGAUAUUGUAAUUUGUUCCGUAAGUAAGCUGUUACGCGCAUGGCAGGACCUAGCAACUACCACAUAACCGCGUAGAUACAACAGAAAAACCUAGUAUCUCAAGGGACCAAUCUGAGCUUCUUUGUCAGUCACCUUAAUGUCUUUAAUGAGACGGUCGACCUGAUUAUGUGAUAUUAUGGCACGAGGGGAUAUUUGGAAGAUUGGACGAGGACGUCGCAAGUCCCUUCAUUAAAUGUAUUGUUAUUGAUUCUUCCCCUUGCAUACUCUUUUGGGCAGAUAACUGUGGAGGUCGAAAUAAAAACUGGACGCUGUACAGGGCUCUUGCCCAAUGUGCAAACACAGAUUGGGGCCCACCCGAGAUUGUAAUAAAAUAUUUGGAGAAAGGGUACACGUUCAUGAGAGCAGAUUCAAUCCAUGGCUCAAUCGGCAAGAAAAUGAAAGCUCAAGAAAACAUCUAUACGUUUGAUGACUUUGUAGAUCUUUGUAAGACAGCAUCAAGAUAGAUUGGUUUUCCUUUGUUUUCUCAAAAUCAGCUAGAAGUGAGUUACUAGGUUUUGCCUUUGGACGGGAGAGCUGGGGGCUUGCAACACGCACUGCUCUCGCCACACAGCAGAGGGCGCUGUUUCUUCUCUUUUACUCUGGAUGGACAAUAUUUUUAUAACGCUUUUUUCCCCCUAAGAUGAAUUCAAAUAGUAUAUUUUCCAUAUUGAUUAGGUUGAACCUUUUUUCAGCAAAAUUCCCGUAUGGAAAGCAGUGGAAAGUAUUUUUGUUUGGAAAAUAAAGAGACGUAAAACACAA